AUGUCCGAAACUUCUUCGUUGCUUAUACCCAAAGAAAACCCUCCAGUUUCAUCAAAACCAAUGGCAAAUAAAUCCCUCACAGGCCUCGAGAGUCUCAUAAAGCUUCUCCCAACAGGAACACUCUUCAUCUACCUCUUACUAAACCCUGUCCUCACAAACGACGGUGAAUGCUCAACAACUAAUAAAGUCAUGUCAAGCAUUCUCGUCGGUCUUUGCAGCUUUUCAUGCGUGUUUUCAUGCUUCACCGAUAGUUUCAAAGGCACGGACGGGUCAAGAAAGUAUGGUAUAGUCACCAAAAAGGGUCUUUGGACUUACGCAGAUCCAGGAUCCGCGGAUUUGUCUAAGUACAAGCUUAGGAUUGCUGAUUUCGUUCACGCGGGUUUUGUGGUGGCUGUGUUUGGAACACUUGUGUUGCUUGACGCUAAUACCGCAAGCUGCUUUUAUCCGCGGUUUAGAGAAACGCAAAAGACUUUGGUCAUGGUUUUGCCUGUGGCUGUGGGCGUUGCCUCGGCAGGUAUCUUCGCUAUUUUUCCUAGCAAACGAAAUGGACUCGGGUAUGCUCCAAGUGGUGAUGAGGAGGAGGAGGAGGAGAUCAAGAAAGAUUCUGGCUCUGCAUGAAACGUAUAGUUGCUUUUGUUGUUUGUGGUCUUCGG